GGGAUCGCCAAUUCAUUCCCGUAUUGGGAGCGAAUACGGAGUACUCAGAGGAGGGAACGGAAAAAGAAAAGGGAGAAGGGGGCAAAAAAAAAAAAGAAAAGAAGGAAAGAAAAGAAGAGAAGCGUCAUCUUAUACAGUCUGUGCUCGCUAGAUACUACCGGCAUUAACUAUCGCAUGGCGACCGCCCUCGACAGCCAACGACGCCCUUGCGCAUAUCGUACAAGCCGCCUCCAUUUAUAACGACUUCGUUCCAAUGGCCUACCACGUACACCGCGAUGAAUCCCCGUUCUUUGCCCAGACGGGGCAGGAGCUCAACCUCGACGAUAGCGAUCUCUACGAAGAAGAAGACGAAGAGGAGGAUCUGCGAUCCCAGGUUGGUGGCAGUUCGGAGACAUUCGAGAUGGUCAGCACUGCCAAAGGACGAGAGGACCAAUAUGCUAUAGGAGGAGGUCACAGCAGCGAGCGCCUUGUGGAAGGAGAUUAUGUGGAUGCCGGGCCGUCAACAUCAGCGGCAGCUGGGGGAAGCAGUCGUCUCAGCGCCAGCUCCGUGGAGAGCUUCCAGCUAUACACGCCAGACGAGGAAUUGACCGUAAGGCGCAAGUUUGACCGCAAGCUGGUGCUCUUUGUGGCGCUGCUGUACAUGCUGAGCUUCCUCGAUCGAUCCAACAUUGGCAACGCGCGCAUCGCCGGCAUGGAUGAAGACCUGCAGUCCGAUCCUCCUCGCGACAACUGGUACCAGUGGGCUCUCACGUCCUUCUACAUUGCGUAUAUCGCAUUCGAGUGGAUGUCCCUCUUGUGGAAACUUAUCCCUGCGCACAUCUACGUCUCUGUGCUGGUCAUGACGUGGGGAAUAACGGCUUCGCUACAAGCCGUUACUGUCUCGUAUCCGAUGCUCAUCACAUUGCGCGUUCUGCUGGGCAUAGGUGAGGCUGGGUUUACGGGUGUUCCAUUCUACUUGAGCUUCUUUUAUAAGAGACAAGAGUUAGCUUUCCGCACGGCCAUGUUCAUAUCCGCCGCACCCCUCGCGACAAGCUUUGCAUCGACGCUGGCAUGGGUUAUUGUCAAGAUCGGCCAGCUCAGCCCUAUCGCUCCCUGGCGUCUCCUAUUUCUCAUCGAGGGCUUCCCUUCGGUGAUUGUUUCAGUCAUCGCCUGGGGCGUCAUCCCAGACUCUCCCCAAACGGCCCACUACCUCACCCGGCGUGAGAAGAAGGUCGCCCGCCUUCGCCUCCGCCAUGAGAUCCCCUCAGCUUCUUCGUCAAAAGUAAACAAAAAACAGGCUGGUCUCAAGGCCCGAGAGAUCCUAUCCGUGCUCAGAGACCCCAUCGCCUGGAUCACGCCGGCCAUGUUUUUCCUCACCAACAUGGCCUACUCCUCCCUUCCCGUCUUUCUCCCCAAAAUCCUCACCGAGAUGGGCCACGAUAAUCUUACCGCCCAGGCCCUCAGUGCGCCUCCUUACCUCCUCGCCUUCAUCAUCGUCCUCUUUACGGCCCACAUGUCCGAUCGCCUCGCCACACGAACCACGCCCAUUGUCUUCCACGCCCUCUCCUCAUCUCUAGGCUAUACCAUCCUCGCCUUAUCCAAUACCCUCCACCUCCCCCCUUUCGUCCGCUACCUCGCAGUCUACCCCGCCGCCAUCGGCUUCUUCAACGUCGUCACCCUCGUCAUUGCCUGGAACAUCAACAACCAGGCCAGCCAGAGCCGUCAGGGCGGCGGCUUCGCCCUCAUGCAAGUCAUCGGCCAGUGUGGGCCCCUCAUCGGCACGCGUCUCUACCCCGACCGCGAUGCGCCGUAUUAUACUAACGGUAUGCGAACCUGCGCAGUAGCUAUGCUUGGUGUGGCCGUGUUGGCCGUGUUGCUCCGCUUCUAUCUGAAGCGUCAGAAUCGCAAAAUGGACGAAGCUGAAAAGGAGAGACAGGCAGACGGCUCUACCGUCGAGGAAGAGGGCUUGGUUGUGCCUGGCAAGAAGCGAAGAUAUGCAGACAAAUUUCGAUACAUGCUAUAAAGAUAGCAGAGUAAUUACUGGUUAGGUGGAUAGCAUAUGAUGUUGGUCAUUAGAAUUUGGAGUUGGUGGGAUUUUGAAUAAUUUUUCUCUUGGAUAUUACAAGCGUUAUGUAGACAGACAGCCUCUACACUCUUAGAAUGAGUAUAAUACCUAUUUUC